AUGGACACGUCCGCACCCCAGCAGCAGCAGCCUCCGACAGCAUCCGCCGAGACUCCGAAUGUGUGCAGCGGAGAGAUUGAUUGUGUCCUGAGACAGAGGCGGAAACGGCAUGAGUCUAGGUCUUGUAUCCCGUGCAAGCGUCGCAAGGUACGGUGUGAUAGCCAAACACCUUGCGCAACUUGCCAGAAACGUGGACAUACUGAGAUCUGCGUAUACGAAGCUCCUAGGUCUUCUAGACGCACGGCUCCAGUGCAGACAAGUCCGCAUAACGAAGGGACACCUGGGAAUCCAGCGAGACCAGACAGUGAUGCAAGUGCAUUGAGAGUUCCUUACUCGGUAUACCAUGAAGAGGGCAACCGACAAUCGAGCCCAUCACAAGAUUAUUCAAUUGCAUCCAUCGCGGGAGAAAAGGCGCAGAAGCAGACUGAUGCAGAAGAACUGGCACGAGAUGUAGGGUAUGUAUUGGGGCUACAAAACAGCCUCACAUCGUACCCGUUUAUGGACCACCUUGCAUCACCCAAUGAGCGUUGGUGUGAGUUGCUAAAUAUAAUCCCACGUCGCCAAGAGAUCUUGUCUUUAUUCCCAAUCUUUCGAAUGCGAGUAUUUCCUUUCAAUCCUCUACUCGUUGACAUGGACAAGUUCGAAUUGGAUAUGCACGGCUACUUGCGAGCCUACACUGCGGGCGAGUUUAAAUCCACACCUAUUUCAAACGAUUGGGGGAAAGAGAGAGCAAUCGGCUUUAUCAGCUUGAUUCUUGCCGUUCUCUCCUCUGCCGCACAUUACUCAGAUCUCACUGGAUCCGAGAGAUCUCGCACCUGUUAUGACCUUGCCAGAAGGUCUUUCCAGGCGUUACGACUGGCAAACUUCUUUUUCCGUCCAACCUUGGAGGUUGUUCAGACAAUAUUAGUCUUGGGCAACAUGCUUCAAAACACGGGACAGUCUGAUGCAGCUUGGGCAUGGCUCGGUACCACGGCUCGCCUAGCUCAAACUCUCCACUAUCAUGCCCAAGGGAGUAGGACGAACCUCCCAGAAAUAGUCAAGAUUCAAGCGAGGACUUGUUGGUCAAACAUCAUAUGGCAGGAUACUCUGCUCAGUAUGUGCCACGCGCGGCGCCCACUAACAAUGAUAAAUGUUCCCGGGCAGGAUUUGGGCUGUCAAGACUCGGAACUUACGUAUCACGGCUUCAUGCGUGCAAUUUGUCGAAUCUCCACGACAGUGCUUAAUAACGAUUCAUGUUAUGUUGCCAGCGUCACAAUAGACAUGCUCGAGCAGCUUGACUCGCUGCACCACAAAACGAAACCCUAUUUGCAAGACCCCGAUCGAUGCAAAUCGAGCCUUGAACACCUCCAGCAUCUAGCAUUAAAGAUGCACAAGUCCUUCUUGGUCACGUUUCUAUGUCGACCAGAAAUUCGAAAUGCCAUUCGCUCGUCGAAUCGAUCGCCGGAAGUACUCUCGGAACAGCAGCUGCGCAUCCGUGGGCGUGCUGAAGAGAACCUCUUUGAAGCAAUCAAGACGUUCCUCGAGUUUAGGGCAGUAAGUGCGGUACCACUGCGGAGCUGGUCGAUGGUGCACGCCGCACUGAGUUCCGUGCUACUUCUGUGCAUAUGGGAAGAGACAAGGGUCAAGCCUGAGUGUCGAUGUCUGAGGGAGAAGGUAAUUGAGGCAUUCUCGUCGCCGGAAUUCAAUGUCGCCGGCGACCCAGCCUCUGCAGACGAGAACAGCCAGUGGUUGUCACCUAGGCAUCUCAACGCACUGGUGACUCUCAAGGAUGCAUUUACUACUGAUGAAUCCGGUUUGCGAGUUGACCAUAAUGCUAUGCCGGGUUGGAACAACGCGGACCUCGUGGGACAAUCUGGAUUCAUACCGGGCAUUAUUGAUGCUUGGGACCCUUUCGCUGAGUAUGCAUUGAGUGAUUUUAAUCCGAGCGUUCCUUGUGACCCAGGAGCGACAAAUAUGGAGUUGCCAGUCAUGGACCCAUCUCCUACGAACUACCUCGACUUCAUUAUGAGAGGCUAG